CGACGUAUAGGCUAUUCUUUACUCUUCGCUUCCUAUACCUUUACGACAAGCCUCCCUUCUCGCGAUCUACGCGACAUCUAAAAUUAAGCUCGAACUCAAUCUAAUCUAUAUCUACAAAAAUGGGUCUCCGGGGUGUGCAGCUAGGUCUCAGAGCCUGGGAGUUCUUAUGGUCCCUGCUCGUUAUGGCCCUCGUCGGUAACAUGAUCGCCGAUGCCUUCUCCGGGAACCCUGCGACCGUAAACUACGCGCUCUACGCAGGUGUCUUCUCAAUGUUCACGUUGUUCUACCUGAUCCCGGCCUCAUACAACAUCGACUGGGCCAUCCACCCGAUCAUCAUGAUCGUCCUCGACGCGCUGAACGCCAUUUUCUUCUUCACCGCUGGCAUCGCGCUCGCUGCGAGGCUGCAUGCCCACUCUUGCAACAACCAAGCGUACCUCAGGACCAAUGAGAUCACCAAUGGCGCACACAACAUGGGUAAGCGAUGCCGUGAGGCCCAAGCCUCUACUGCUUUCCUCUGGUUCGCCUGGGCGGGCUACAUGGCCUCCACCGUUGUCUCUGUGUUCAUGUCCCGUUCUGCUGGCGGCCCCUCGCGCAGCCGUUCUACCAGCCGUCGGGGCGCGGGCGCUCGCCCUAACAUGACCCAGGUUUAAAUGGGCCUUUGUCAUGGAAGGUGGGCCGCGUGAUGUAGACUGAGCCUUGAGCUUGGUUAUUGCUCUCGUCUGUAGCGGCUAUGUACUACCUGGUAAUUUGGGAUACUAUUGGAUCAUCGUUACAGUUAUGGUUCUGGUUGUGGUUAACAGCGUUGAGGGGGUGAUGUCGGUAUAUGGUUGAGUUUGUACGAUCUACGAGCCUAGGGCUCUUGGUUUUGAUGUCUUCCAUGGUCUCAUGCCUGCAACGAUUCGAUGGAAACGCUGCCUCUUUUAGUCUCUUCUCGAUCAUGAGAGAGAUGCUCUGAUACUUAAUGUGCUACUACUUAUUUCAUUAAUAAUAUUCGUUUUGGUCAGUC